AUGUCUUAUCUAUCUGUCACAGAUAUUUUAGUUAGUAAUGAAAAAGUGCCUUGUAAAUUUCUACACGAUUUGCCCAAGUUAGGGUUUCUGGAUCCAUCAUGUACUGAUGAUGAUUUGAAAGCUGGAACAAGUGUAGAAAUACCUAUAUGGCUGGCAGAGUCUUUAUCUUCAAGGAGGCCACCACUAGUAACAGUAGAUUUGCCUAAAGUUUACAAAGAAACUUACAGAGAAAUAUUCAGUGCCGAUGCAUGUACUGUAGAUAUGCAUAAAUUAGCUCAAUACUUCUAUGAACUAGGGUGUUAUGUUGCAAAGUAUGAUAUAAAAGGAGAGGUAGCAACAACUCUAGUAAAUACAUUUAGACAGAGAUUUAAGAUGAUUCUAUCAGCUAGUGUAGCAACUGAUUCUAUAAAUGCAUUACAACCAUUGUCAGAGUGUGAGAGAGAUCAUACAGUAGCAGCUAUGACAACAGAAAAAGCUUUAUCUUCUUGGCUUAAGAGAGGGGAAUCAUUAUUGACAACUGCUACUAUGGUAGCCAAUCAUAGAAAGAGGAAAAGAGCUGAAAUGGAAAUGUUGUGA